AUGGAGACACUAAAACCAGUGAAGCUAGGGAGUUCUUUGAUUGUACCUAAUGGUCAGGAACUGGCCAAACAAUCGCUUGAAGAAAUAUACGUACGCAAUAAUCAGGACACGUUGAUCACUGACCUCUCUAGUCUGUCUUUGAUAGAUCAAACAGUACCUGUUAUUGAUUUGCAGAAAUUACUUUCUCCAGAGCCAGUACGCACUGGAGACUUGGAAUUGGACAAGCUUCACUCUGCUUGCAAAGAAUGGGGUUUCUUUCAGGUGGUAAACCAUGGAGUUGACAUUUUAUUGGUAGAGAAAGUGAAAUCAGAAAUUCAAGGUUUCUUCAAUCUCCCAAUGGAUGAGAAAAAGAAACUUUGGCAGGAAGAAGGAGAUAUGGAAGGAUUUGGACAAUUCGUUGUUCAGUCAGAAAACCAAAAGAUUGAUUACUGGGGAGAUAUGUUUUUCAUGCUCAAUCUUCCCCAGCAUAGCGGGCCAUUGGCCAAUAAUGUUGGCCAUUGA